AUGACGAAGUCCAACGCAUUGCUUUCCACGCUGUCCCCUCAAGAACUGAUGGCAAUCGCUACCAAACAUGAUUCAACAACCAACGUGCGGUGCACCCUCUUCCCAACUCGGGGCACCCCUCUGGCCGUUGACGUCCCUAUACAUGUUGGUUAUGAACAUCUAUCUCGCCCGCUGGAUGUUGCCUCCGAUCUUUUUGUCGACAACGACGAGAUACAUCACCGUGGUCCCAGCGACCCUCGAUCCUUUGUAGCGCUUGUCAGUACACCACCUGAAUCCAGCCAAGCGCUUGCAAGAAGAUAUGCUGUUUUCUUCUCCCACUAUCGUCAAACCACUCUUAGUAACAAUGAACAUCUCGAAUCGUUGCUUUCCGGCGUUACAAUUAAGGGGAACGUUUUGGUUGUCCAAUAUAACGCCGACUUCAGAGUUGAACACAUCGAUGAGGCGUACAUUCGGCUUUAUGAGUACAUCGCAGCAACAACAGUGCUGUACUACGCUCACCGAUCUCAAUAUGCCGCCAUCCCCUGUCAAAUUCGCACCAUCCUGAAAUCCUGGCCUGUUGCUCGUAGUCCUCUUCUCCAUCGACCAACACAACCUCUCCUAUAUCGAUCACCCCUCAAGGUGCCUGAACUCAUUGACCGCAUCGCACGAUUUGUUCCUUUCGAACACUUAUCGUUAUUUUCGUCACUCUGCACCCAAAUUCGCGUUUGUACUCAGGUCCAUGUCAGGAAAAGGAUUCAACACCUCUUAUCAGGCCACCUCCGUGACCAUGAGUUCCUCACCUUUUUGGCAUUCCUCCAUCGGACCCGUGCUCUCGUUGUUGGUGCCGUUCCUCGCCUCCUGCUCACAAACCAAACCACGCUCGUCCAAGAGGCCGAUCUGAUGGUGGACUCUGAAAACGUCGACGAGCUCCAUGGAGAACUGCAGAAACUGGGUUAUGGCAAGGGCAAGACAUACCUACCGCGUUCCUGGACCGCUGACGGUACGGGUAGGGUCACCCAGUUCACAAGAGAUGUAUCGUCCUUCAGAGUGAUCGAGAGCCGAGAUUUUAAUGUCUUUGCCACCCUUUUCCGCUCCGGAAACUCUCUCCAAUUCAACGCCAUAUCCAGCUCCACCGUCUACUCCUUCUUCCCCUUUCACGUCCUUGCCAACACCGGAUUCUCUCGUUACCAAGACGCCGACUUCAUCUCACACAACCCCCACAGCAUUCUAUCUCGCAGUAAUGCCACCUGGUUCUCUCCUUGUGGUAUAUAUUGCCCCAAGAAUCCUCGAAAGACCCUCCAAGACCCUGGAGCACUGACAUUUUACUGGAACACCCCCCUCCAUAUGGACGACUCGAGUCCCGAUGAUACCUUCUCAACCAAGCGCUGGGGUUUCACGUCACCAACACCUUCACCACCGCCCGACCCCCCAUGUAAGCUGGAAGAUCCCGACUUGGUACCACGACUCCCGUUGUGGGAAGAUUGGGAAGUAGUGGUGUAUUGGAAGCUGUGGUCGAGUUGCUCCAACCCCUUUUGUCCCCAUUAUGAUCUGGACAAUCGAGGAUCUGUGAAUACGCCUCCUAAUUCCCUCACGAGCCCACUGGUGGAGGGAGACGCAUCCAGCCCGUCAGGAUCCGUCCAGCUCGAGGAUUUCACGGUUUUAUCCCCCAUCUCGGAGUCUGCCAACGGCAUCUCAUUAGAUUAG